AUGGCCACCGCGUACCGCUUCCCAACGUUUGUAUUAGGCGUUGUGGUCGUCGGAUACCUAGCUACAUUUGUCUUCUUCGCUAUCCUUCGGAUCCUCACAGGAGUUUCAAUUCAACGAGUGGGAUACUUCGCAUUUAAGCGGAUCAGCUACGAACCCGUCAACGGUGUCAAGAUCGAGGUCCGGAAGCUUGGACUGUUACUACAUAGACCGACGUUUACGCAACCAACAUGGAUUUCUAUCGUCGUAUCGGAUUCAUCGUUGUCAGUGGAUUUCAAGAAGAUAGAAGAGGGGGAGGAUAACGAAUCAGAUGAGUCUGAAAGUCAGUCUCGCAACAGAAGGGGGAGAAAAGAUACUCUACGGAGGGAAAGCGGGGCGGCUUCCGGGGUUCCGACACAGAAGAAUAGGAGCGAGAUCCGUGGAGGAACAUCAAAGCUGAAGGAGAAGCUGAAAAAGCUUCAUAAACAUCUUAAAUGGGUUCAAAUGGUAGACAUCAUAUUCACAAAUACAACCGUGAAUGUUCAUGAUGUGGGGAGCAUCCAGAUUAGCAGCAUGACGACAAUGCUGGAUACUCGGCAGAAAAUCGAUCGGAAUCGGAUGUUUGACCAUUGUCAAGAUCUUAAAGAGAACCAGAAGCCCAUCGAAUGGAUGUUUACUGCCAAGAGCAUGUUGUUUUUCCACCAAAAGCAGAAGGAUCCUGUUGAGCUUAUGGAUCACUGUAUGUUCAAUGUCUACGGUGUUCUGGAGGAGGGGGCAGAUGUAAUCAUGGAUGCUGCAAUUUCUAUCAAAUUUGGGAAAAUCAGUCUUCCAUUUGAUCAGAUCCUUGAAUGUCGUGAAAAGCUUCAACAAAUAAGGCGGCCCAAAUGCAAGAAAUCGGCAAAGGCAAAAUCCCCGGGGGUGCCCUUGGGCACACUCAUGGAAGAGUUAGCGUCACCAGAAAGUCAAUCGGAAAAGUUCGUGGAAGCGGUGGAUGAAUCAAAGAAGUUCUUGCAAUCUUUACUGGGUUCAGCCUUCUGGAAAACCUCUACAAGUUGUAAUCAAAAGUCACCUGCACAUCGCAUGUAUUUCUCUCCGGAGGACAUUGCCCAUCAAGCUCUCUUGGCCGCAAUUUCCCUUUCAGUCAGUGUUGACGAUGGCAUUCGACAAGACAAGAUUCUUUACAUUCCGAUGGUCACCGUGACUACCAAGACUACACUUCCCUCAAAAUUUAUUCAAAUGAGCAAGAAAUCGAUCGAAUCUGAUUUAAAUGCCAACAUGCUUUUCGCCAACAUGGUUAUUACAUCACCUUCAAUAGAUCUUGAGCCCAGACACUUGCCCAUAUUAUUAGCCUUCACGCAGACAAAACCUCGUAAAUCCUCUUCCGGUGCUCCCGGAAAGCCUUCUUUUAUUUCAAAUCUACUACCGAAAGCAAGCAUUAAUUUCUCGGUCCACGAGCCUGUAAUUCGGAUAUCCGUGUUUCCGACAGACUCAGAACGGAAAGCAGCUGGCAAUACGGAUUUACUUAUUUCUAGCAUGUCUUCUAUCUCCGCCGUCGCAGAUUCGUCAUACGAAGCCGAGGGCGAAAAACAUUACUCCCUUAACGGCUCCUUUCGGAUUACAUCUCAUCAUCUUUAUUAUCAAGGAUUUUCCGGGGAGAAGCAUGAUCUUUUGCAAACCGAUGCACUUGACAUUAGAGUACUUGCAAACGCAUUCCCUGAAAUCCAAGUUACUGCGCAUGCAUAUCUCGAAACUUUCUCACUUCGUCUUGUACGUCCAGAAAUUGUCCAGGGGAUCAAGCAAAUGGUUGGACAAUUCCACCGGAAUGUCAAGCCUGAUAAACUCCAUAGGUCACGAACGUCCGAUGUUCCGAACUUCCUUCGCCGUCUUCCUGCUUGGAUCGAGCAUUUUAAGCUAGAGGGUAAAGAUUUUAGUAUGGAGAUUGCAGGUAUAGAUGAGGAGAUAUCUGGGUUCACACGUGGGGCUGCGCUGCAACUAGAUUCGUGGUCAGUAGAGUAUAGAGGCCGAAAAGUCGAUGACCGAUAUCGACCUCCGCCUCGAAGAAGGAUCACUUCAAGGAUCCUCACACCGGAUGAUACUCGAGGAUCUAAGAUGCCAUCCGUGGCGGCUUUGAAGAAUCCUACAGAUGGAAGGAAGCUGACCUUCAACACCAAGGGAUUAGAAGGAUUUAUGGUGGAUUCCGAGGAUUCGUGGGAGCAAGUUCCCUUUCUGAACAUUCCCGCAUUUGAUAUCUCGUUUUCGACUUCUACGGAUAGUGAGGGGCCAACACUGCACAUCAGUUCGCAUGCAAAAUCGUUUUUCUUCAAUUACUCAUUAUAUCGACAUUAUGCUGUUCUCGUUGCCAUGAAGGUCCUCAAGGAGGCAUUCGGGGGGAGUGUAAGGCCAGAAGAGGGCGCAAACAGAUCUACGAAAUUUUCGGAUAACUUCGGUGCGCCACUUGGAGGAAUGGAAAUAGAUGACAGCCCACUCUCGGACUCUUUUGAACACAUAAAUUUGGAACUUAAGAUUUCCCAUGUUCGCAUCAAGGCAAGCAUGCCCGAUGACCCACCAAUGAUGCUGGACAUGUUCGGUCUUGAUGCUCGGCGCCAUAAGUGGAGCCCCCCAUUGCUUAAAGCAAAACACGUGAGGCUAUAUGCAGAAUCGCCGAAUGUGAAGGGGACUUGGACUAGGCUUGUCAGCUUGCGACACCUUCAAGUUCACUUGCGUCAAGCGAUUAGAAAAAGUGGCGAGGAUGUAAUGGAGCAAAAGUCGAUUGAUAUCUCCGCUGAUGCAAUCCGACUGGCGAUUCCCCAUCAACUCAUCCUGUAUGAGGUGACCGAUAAUAUUAUCAACACUGCAAAGGCAAGCCAACAAAUGCAUCACCGUUUUAAAACGGGCACAAACGAUUAUAUUCUCGGUAAGGGGGCCGUAAAAGCCAGCAAGGUUCCUAAAAUAUCGCUACGAACCAAGGCACUGCUUCUUGAGCUUGAGGAUGAUCCAUUCGAAACACAACUGGGAAUCAUCUACCGUCUAGGUUUAUCAGAACAGAAGAAGAGACUUGCCAGAGAGGCUGCAUUUGAUGCGAAGGUAAAAAAGAUGAAGGAAAGUGAAAGAAGGCGAUCAUGGGAGACAUCUAGAAAUAUUCAGAUACCACCUAAGACUGCCAACGGAGGAUCUUCAAUGUUUAGAGGGCGAAGCAAAACUUGGAAACCAGAUACAAAUGUACGCACCGAGUCACCUGAUGCCCCUAGACCAAAGUCGUCUCAUCGUGGUAGAACAACGCCGUUUAGUUUUGAAGCCCAUUCAGGUCCAUCUGAUGAAGUUCGAGUCUCCAUCGAAGACGCCUGGGAAAGACUACAGGAGCACAAUUCAACUGCCUGGAUUAAGCGGAUGAGGUGGGCUCAGGAUUAUCACAGCUCCAAGACUAGGGAAUCUAGAGAAGCGUUUUAUGGACGUGAUGAAAUUCCCGUUGAUAUUGACGAUAGCGAGAUUGUUCUUGGACUUCCUAUGCGACCUGCACUUAUGGCUGGAUUCCUCAGCGAUGUUGAAUUGGUUAUUGAUAAACCCAGUUUCGCAAUGGAGGAACUACCAAAAUUUAUGCACCGAGUUGGAAAGGGUCUGCCGGAAAAUACACAGUUUGCAUUGCUGGUACCCAUAAGCAUCAAGCUUGAUUUCAGCGAGGCAAGAGUUCUUCUGAGGGAUUACCCACUGCCCCUUCUCCACGUUCCUCGUGUCAAAGCAUCUCAGUCCGCUCGCCUACCGGCUUGGUCUCUCAAAUCAGAUUUUGUGAUCGGGGAGGAGCUGAGUGGUUCUGAGUCGAUGCGACAUUGUCAGGUAAAUAUCAUUCCACCUUCAACUGGAUCUGGAAUAUCAGAAGGCGGCUUUGCUAUCGACGUGAGACGCACGGUUGCUGCAGUAAAGAGCUAUUCAGAUUUCGAUAUUUCAAUCAAUACUCCUUAUGCAACAAGGGCUACAUGGUGCACUUCUUACCAGCCUGCAAUUCAAGACAUGAUGAUGGUUUUUGAGACAUUUACGAAGCCGCAUUUCGAUCCAAGCGAGAGGACCGGGUUCUGGGAUAAGAUCAGGCUAGUUUUGCAUUCGCAUAUGAGUGUGUCAUGGAAAGGGGACGGCGAUGUUCAGGUUACGUUGAAAGGUUCCCGCGAUCCAUAUGAGAUUGUUGGUGAUGGUGCUGGUUUUGUUAUGUGCUGGAGAGGAGAUGUACGUUGCGAAAUUGGUAGAUCUGAGGAUCCACGGGAAUUCUUGAUAGUCGACAGCGAAGAGUACCUACUAGCUGUUCCAGACUUUACAAAUCAAGUACGAAAUGAGUUCGACACUUUAGCUCCUGUCGAUAACAAAAGCGUUCAUAGCCUAAGCACCUUUGAAAGCACGGCAAUGUUCAAGAAAGUCAUAAUGAAGCUUUCGGGUAAAGUGCGGUGGAUGCUUGGGCUUAUGUUUGAGCAGGAGUUCAAGGGAGCGGAUGGCUUGAUAAAGAGGUCUUUUGAGUUUAAGCCUCAUUAUGAUAUUUCACUCAAGACCCCCCAAUAUGCCGAAGCCCCACCUGGAGAAGUGUACGAUGCUUUUCGGGGAUUCCGAAGUCAACAUAUCCAUAUGUCCCUAUCGAUCCUGUCCCCGCUCACUCAUGAUUGGUCAUCUGCCAAUACAAAGCCAUCGACGAGCUAUAAUACCAUUCAUCUAACCCCGAGGUUUUUUACUCAUUUCUUCUCCUGGUGGGGACUUUUCUCCGGUGUUAUGUCCCUUCCCAUUCGCCAGGGACCUCUAUGGCCUGGUGUGGAGAAGUCGAGUAAGAAAUUUGGGAGACAUCUUGCCACUAUAAAAUACAAGCUUUGCUUAUCUCCCCUCUUUAUCAGCCAUAUAUACAAACAUAACGAUAAAGAUGAAGCCGGGCAUGAUGUUGUUGCGGCUACUGGUCUAAAGGCCAAGCUUGAUAGCUUCAUGGUUGAUAUUCAUCAGAGACGGGAGGAUAUCGGUCAAAGCACCACUAUGAGGAUUAACCAAGCUGAGCUAGAUUUUCAUUCCGCUGAUAUUAGGGCUGUAUCAGCAGUCAUUAUCGGAGCGACGGCGGCCGAGUUGAUGGACCAAGCAGCUGCAGCUGAGGUCCCUUUAAACCUCGCAGAAAGCACUAUCAGGUAUUCGGGUGACAUGUCGCAAUUCACAAUUCCAGAUGGUGAUUAUUCUUGGAUUGAUAUGGACGAUUUUGUCGAGCUUGAUUGGGUAUUACCUAGUAACAAGACGCCAAAGACAAAGAUCAUGCCGCUGGCCUACACUCCGAGAUUCACAUAUUUCAGGCAAACAGAUCAUGGUGACCCCGAUUCACGUUCUGGAAACGAGUGUGUUAGCCCCUUCGGGCAUGAACCCACGCAUGAUUGCCUCAUGUCGGAAAAUAAUGAUCCUCGCGAGAUUCAAUGUGGUCUUGUACAAGCACGCCUAGAGAAGGUGAAUCAACAAAUCCACAAAAACAAGGAGGCCUUAGAUUCUCUCGCCCAAUCAAUGAAGCUAAAUCCUGAUGAUACGACUCUUAAGCAAGACUCUGAGAAACUCAUCGAACAGAGUUCGAUCUUAUUUAAUAAACUCAACUUUCUUCAGACAAUGUUGCGACGCAUGUCUAGCAAGCUUGACAAUGGUGGUAUUGAAACCCCUGACCUAGACGGUACCGAAGGAUCUGAUACAGAUUCUGAAAUGCUUGGGAUGGAAAAUUCCCCCUUUGAUUACAUCAGUGAUUUUGACAAUCGUUUCAUUGUCCACAAUAUGCAGGCAAAAUGGAACAACUCACUGAGGAAUAUCAUUCUAAAGUAUAUUCACCAGGUCAGCCAGAGGCGUGGUUUUGUGUACUACAUGUCCCGGCGAGCAGUCAAAUUUAUUCUGGAUAUAGUCGAAGAACAGAAGGGGACAGGCAAAGAGACGUCGUCUGGAUCCACUACUGGAGAAUAUACCGGCACAGGACCUUCCUCCACGCCUGGUACCCAAAGCGAUGAUGAACUUGACGCUCGAAUAAAAGAGCUUCUGAAUAGCGAAGAGAAAUUUGUUGUCGCUGACGAGAAGCCCAGUGGCGGGAGAGGUAUGGAUCAGGCCGCAGCAAAGGUCCAUAGAGAAGACUUGACGGGAGAUGUUGCCGAGGAGUACGUACCGCAGAACAGCUAUCAUGUCCGUCUCAUAGCACCUCAAAUUCAGAUGCAAAGUGAGAAGAACAAGGGCGCUGCUGUACUUGUCGCCGCCCAAGGAAUGCAGCUGAAAGUUGUGUCUAUUAUGGAUAAAUAUAGGAUUGGGGAUGAUGUUAGCGGCCUGGUGCAGCGCCGAUUCGCACUGAAUCUUGAAAAUACACAGUUCUUUGUAUCACAGCGGCAAGACUUCGCGCCGCAUUCGAUGUCACUUCAUUCGGCUAAUCGAUAUGGCGCUCCUUCUGGCUCUUCAUGGCCACCUUGGGUACCACUGGAGAGUAUGUUUGAUUUCCGCAAUUUGCCCGUUGGGUUUUCGCGUGUUGUUGAAAGGACUUCUGCAACUUUGAGAUACGAUAAAUACAACUCGCUUCGUUUGAAAUAUAGCGACCAAGUAAGCGACCUGGAGACUGGAAAUUUGAAUACCAGGGGUGGACCUAUCGACGAGGAGCGUCGGAUUGAUCACGUAUGGGUGGACUUUCCCAGGGUUGAAGCAGCAUGCGAUUCAGCCCAGUACUUUGCUAUGUAUAUCAUCGUUCUUGAUCUUCUGUUAUACUCCGAGCCUUUGGAGAAGCUUCGUAGCGAGAAGCUUGAGAAGAUUAUGCUCGCUUCUGACUUCAGUGACUUGACGGGGGCUCCGGAAAUGGUGGAAAGUUUGCAAACCAGAAUACACCAAUUAGAGGACAUCAAGACUUAUUUCGAAAUCAACUCUCGAAACUUAGAUCUCGAGGGUUGGGAAGGACGAGUUUCGGUUGACGAGGACCUUGCAAGUUGUGAGGAAGAGUUAUUCUUUAUGAUGAAGGCUAUCACCACUGCUCAACGAAAGUACGACGAUCGGUCAUCUCAAGCCACCGGAAUCCUCCGGUGGUAUCUAUCAGCUUCGGAGAUUGUCUGGCGCCUUCUUCGCGAAAAACAGGACCCCCUUAUGGAUAUCCGUCUUCAGAACGCCGGUUAUGAGCGCAUGGACAAUAACGAUGGCUCCAAUUUCAACACCGUGGAAGUGGAGAUGAUGAGAGGAUACAAUCUCCUUCCAAAUGCCGUCUACCCUGUGAUGAUUGCCCCCUUCUUCGAUCAAAUGCGAACGAUGACAGAGAUAAGACAGACCAAAAUCCUUCGCGUAUAUUGGCACAUGUUGGAGGCAAUUGCUGGUAUACCGGUGAUGGAUCAUUUCGAGGUGAAUCUCUUCCCGCUUAAGAUCCAGCUUGAGCGCGAGAUUGGGGAUAAGAUCUUUGAAUAUAUCUUCCCGGGGGUUGGUACUGGUGCCUUUGGAGAUGGUGGAUUUUCACCGUUCCUGGUCCACUCAAUGAAACCUAUUCCCGAUGGAUCAGGAUCAGAUGAUAGCGAUAACGAGAUGGAGAACGACUCCCACACGAUGGAUGAUAGCUCGUCGACAAAGAGUGAUGGUACCUCACCAGUUGAUCUGAGAUUGAAGCCAACUAUGUCACUUGAUAAUAAACCAGAGCUAGUUAGACCAGCUUCCGCGGGAUCGCUAAAACCUAGGUCAAAUAGCUUCAAAGCGUCAAGUGGUGGUAGUAUAUUUCGCGGAUUCAAACCAUCGCGAACUCUCACUCAUAAAACUUCCAACGAAGCCAUCUCUGUCAAGUCUAGAAAGUCUUUGGAAGGUCCUGUACCUACUAUGCCUCCACUCGACAAGAACAGCAAGAAAUUGCAAAUUUUCCACAGGUCUACAAAUGACCGGGGCGAAAAACGAUCUGAUGAACUUUCCCAGAUGAUGUCAAGAGCGUCAAAUUUCAUGACAUUGGCUUACAUCAAGAUUCCUAGUGUCGUUUUAUGUCUGAGUUAUAAGGGUCGAGACCAAAGUAACAUUGAAGAUGUGCAUGAAUUUGUAUUCCGUAUGCCCAUGCUUGAAUAUCGGAAUAAAACCUGGUCCAACCUUGACCUGGCCAUGCGGUUGAAGAAGGAUAUUAUCCGGGCACUCAUUUCUCAUACUGGAGCUAUACUUCAAAAUAAGCUCACUCAUCAUAGGCCAAGCAAGCCUGCACCAAAUUUACACAGGAUGAUGGCGAACAACGGUUCACUGGGAACAUCGGCCACUUUCUACAAUCCGGAGGGUGACGACUCGCGUGACUUUACAAUGUCUCACCGUGACACCUCGACUGCUAGACCAAGCACAUCUUAUAGCUUCCUCAAACCGCCAUCUAUCAUGAGACCAGGAACCGCGAUGUCUUCAAUGUCGUCUAUGUCAAUUAAAACCAUGAGUACCAUGGGUUCCGCUGGCAGUGCUAAUACGGCGGAAUUCUACACACCACCCACAGGUGCUACUCCCCUGGACAUGCAGGAUGGGCCGGAUGAUGAUAAAAAAAACAUCUUUAAUAAUUCGCUGGGUCGGCACCUUUCGAACCUGGCAGCAUUGUCUAGACAGAAAGAUGGAAUUGCUGGUGAUUCCGAGGAAAGUAUCAAGAAAAAGGGUAUGAUGCUUCUUGGGAGGUUUGGCGGUAGUGGGCCGUCGUAG